GUUUGUUAUGAUGAAGAUUUUCUUGUAACAAGAUUUUCCUGUAAAAGCUUUACUAUCCCUCAUGUCUUACAUCACAACUGAAACCUUCGAAAGUUCUGAGUAAGAAUCUUCUAGUGUACUUGUUUUACUAUUUUAGAGUGAUUCUUUGGCUUGCAUAUCAAAGGUAAUGCGAGUCGUUCGACCCCACAUUUGACUGGGUUGAGUCAUGGGAUUCCAUCACAAAUGAGACCUUCAAUGUUUCCACAAAAUCCCAGCCUCGUCAACACUCAGGCUCAUAGCUCCUGCUGUUUACUGAGCUUGCCACAUUAACUUACAUUACUCAGUUAACUCAGCCUGUGAGAAACUCCUCCUACCUCAAAUCCUACUCACCAUGUGCGACACAAAGGAAUUCGCGCCUUCCAAAUGCGGCCCAUCCGAUGACUGCUCUUCCCCGCAACCCUGCGAUGUUAGCUUUGCUGAGAACAUAAAGCAUUACGAAAUUAAAAUUUCGUCAUUGUCUGUCAAAUAUGACGCAGGAGAUGCUCCGCCCAGAUUGACGAGUCUGGAGUAUGAACAGCAAUAUGUUUAUGUCAGAUUUGUUCAUCCAAUGCUGGGUCGCAUUGAGACAGUUCCAUCUCGCCUGGUUAAAGAAGCAUGUGGUCAAUCAGUUUGCUUCAAAGCCGACAUUGCGGUUCACGUGAGGUCAGAUUCAAACAGUUUUUGGAGCGCCAUUAAACGCCAAGAGAUGGCGGUGUACGUUUUCAUCAAGAAUCAGGUGUUUGACGAAAUCGCAGGAGUGACAUCUGUGCCCAUCAUAGAAACGAAAAGAAAAGAUGCGAAUACAGCAGGACCCGGAAGCGGUGCGAUUCGGAAUUUCCAUGGACCCCUGGUUCAACCGAUGCCAGUACCGACGCCUUUUUGCAAAGGUUUCUUGAAAGUCACUCUCGGGGUCGUCGACCAUGGAGAGGUACCUCAUCCGAAGCCACCUUGCGGACCGACUCCUCCGCCGAUUCGUUUCGAUUCCAGCAGGUAUUUCAAGAGUGAUUUGAUUGAUGGGGUUCAAAGAGCUCGUGCCAGGAUUGAAAAGCAUUACAGGAAACAGGCUACUUACAGACCAGCAGAAUACGGAAUGCGAAAGGAAAUCAUGAAGAUCGUUGAUGACACCAUGUCCGCAAUUAUCUCAUCCGAGAUGAAAAAAGUGAUUGAGCUGAGUGAAGACCGCACUCUGCUUGGCCUAAGGAGAAUAGAAAACGCUUUAGCAGAAUGUCUUAGAAACGCUGAGGAUAUUCGAGAAGUUGUCACUUGUGAUGAGACGGCGAGAGGCGCCAUCAACAGAAUUUUCGAGCAUCUUCACACCAUGUACAAGUCAUUUUCCAUCAUCACAGAAUACGGAAUGCGAAAGGAAAUCAUGAAGAUCGUUGAUGACACCAUGUCCGCAAUUAUCUCAUCGGAGAUGAAAAAAGUGAUUGAGCUGAGUGAAGACCGCACUCUGCUUGGCCUAAGGAGAAUAGAAAACGCUUUAGCGGAAUGUCUUAGAAACGCUGAGGAUAUUCGAGAAGUUGUCACUUGCGAUGAGACGGCGAGAGGCGCCAUCAACAGAAUUUUCGAGCAUCUUCACACCAUGUACAAGGAAACCAUGGACUCGAACAUUCGACCCUCGGACGGUCACUUGACAUACGACACCUUAUCCGGCCUGAAAAUGAUGCAAAAAUUGAAAGGAGUGGCUGCACUGCAGCAAGACCUCUUGGAACAAGCUGCUCGUCUUCGGGGUUACGUAGAAAACGAAAAGCCCCACGAACUCGAAUGCUUCGAGGCUGGAUUGGCAGAACUUGCUGCUGUGCACAUUCCCGGGGACCUCAGGGAAAUAUUCAACGGGGAUUAUCACCGGAAAUCCUGCGAAACCGCCUUGCGAGAAGACGAACCUGUGAAGGAAGACGCGUAUAAUUUCUGCGAACCUGGACCCAAGUCAAUGCAUGUUUGCCCUUGAAACGGAUCAGCACACUGAUGAUGCAUAUGAUCCUACGUACUUUUGGCAUUUCAAAAAUUUGCUGCCAUUUCCUGUUUUGUUUUUGCAAGCAUUUAUUGGUUCUUGUGAUGCCGCUGAUCCUGAAACGGAGCAAUCGUUUGUCUUUGCAUUAUAAUGGGUCCGAUUCCGCGAAAAGCUGAUUUCUUUUUUGGCCAUUUUCUCAUAUUUUCAUUUUCCUGGUCAGUAGCCAAACAAAGAGCUGCUUUCUAUGCGUCGCUGUGUUCAUGAUUCUUGGAUUAUGAAGAGUCGUUUCCUUGAUUACAGAAGCUAAAAUGUCAGGGAGUCAUUUACAUGCAUUUUAUUUUUUCUCUUUCAGGGUGGUGGGUUGUGUAGCACUGGAUUGUCUGGCUACAAUUUGACUGAUCACUUCAUCAAUAAAAUGACUUUCAAUUGUUUA